UAAGCAGCACACACAGAGAACAGAGAGAAAAGUUUCCGUGUUUGUAGCAUCAAGCGUGGCUUUCUCAGUCUUCACGAAAUAACAUUUAGGUAAAUGCGUCAGCAACUGUUCCUCUAACUUUAAAAUAGGACUGAUUUAUACUAACAGGUCAUCAACAGCAAUUUGGACUUCAGUUUCAUCCGUUAAUGGGUCCUCGCAAGUAUCGUGUCAGUCGUGACACUGGAUUACUAAACAAAGAAGAUACACCUGUGAAACCAGCACUGAGCAGACGAGGCAAGUACAGGAGACUUCUGCCCACCAAGCAUUAUGAAGCAUUUUCAGAGGAACCCGAGGUUGACGAGACGAAUGUGCUUUCUGUCAAACCAACAAACAUAGUGUUGAAAAGCAUUAAGCCUGCCCACUUCAAAUCUGUGUCACACUUGAGCAACCCUGCAUCUUCUGAAAACAAAAGCAAAGCUGUCUUGUCUGCCAUGCAAGCUGAUAAAAAAUCUGGCCACCAAUUGUCACCACCAAGUCACCCAACCACUCAGAUGACUCCCAAGCCAGAGGCUUUUAAAGGUGGUAAAAUGCCAGAUAAAGGACAAGAGCAAAACUUGACUUUGACUCUGGAGAGCAUCUCGUCGUCAAGCAUGGAGUCAGACACAACUUUCAGCUUGGGUGGUGAUGGUGAUGAGGAAGACUGUGACUUUGUCUCUACAACCUCCAGCAGUCUUCCCUCCCCAGAGAUCUACAGAAGAGAGAGUAGUGCAGAAACUUUCUCCAGGAAGGAGGAGCUGCUGGACCUCCAUGUUCACAUAAAAAAUUCCACCUUACUGGAUGUGAGCCAUGCUCAGACCAUCGACAUGCACAACCCCCCCAACCUCUCUAACAUCAUAAAUACCUCUACAAUUCCUCCAGAAAAGAACUGUGACAUCAAAAGAACAAACAGAGGAGCCGAAGCUGGGACCAAAAUACAUACAGACUCAUCCAAAUCAGAGGAGGUCUUUAAGUGGAAGACCCCAUCAAAACUCACCAACAGAAGGCCCAUUUUGUUCAAAAAGAAGGUAUGGUUCAAAAGCCCCAUCGCUGCUCAGACCUCUGAGGCAAAACACACCCCAGCCACCAAAUUUACCAUUCACAACACUAGUGAGCCUGUCCACAUGCCCAGCCUGACUGAGCAGACAAAUCCUACUGCAGACACAUCCAGAAAAACUGAGAUCAAUUCUAAAGAAGAACUGCGGCUGGUGGUGACGCUUAGGAGGCCUGUAAAAAGUAGUCCGGAGAAACCCAAGUUCUUUGACUUUAUCGACGACAGUGACAGGGAAGCAUUCUUUAAGAGGAUGAGAGAAAGAUGUGUCGAACUUAGAAAUGUUCCUUUGUUUCCUCUCACAGCUCCUGAGAAUACAGAUUAGCCCAUAAAUGCAAAGAUUAGGACCCCCCCCCCAAAAAAAAAUCUAGAUCAGAGAGGUCUGUAUGUAAAAUAUGCUGUAAAAGAGGAGUGUGUGUGUGUGUAGCUUACUUUAAGACAAGAUGUCAAGACUCUGAAGUGUAUAAGGCUUUCUAAAUGUCGAAUAUGAAAUGUGAUGCACAGUAUAAUCAGAAUUUGAACAUGAUACUUAAAGAGAAUGAUUCUACAACCUGACAGUUAUAUGUGUGUGUCAGCACACCAUCUAUAUCAACUUUCACUGCAUCUCAACCUGGCUCUUAUUUUCAUUACACAGCCUACUGUGCUAAACAGUGGCUUAUGUACAUCUGGUUAUGAAAAUGCUCUUUUCAAUGUACUGUGUUUACAUACUGUACAGACUGAAACCAGACCCUGAUUUCUGUUUUAGAA